AUGGUCUUGGCGAUGUGCUCGAGCUUCUACGACGGGUCCGGGAUAGAGAAAGAUUUGGACAAAGAUGAAAGGAUGAAAUUCAAGCAGAUUAUCCAGGGCAUGGCUGCGAGCAGCCUUAGGACCCAUGCCGUCCUGUUGAGGAGCGCGGUCCAAGCUUGUCAAGAUGCGGGGGUGAACAUCAAGAUGACAACAGGAGACAACAUGUUCACUGCUAAGGCCAUUGCCACUGAGUGUGGGAUUCUCAGGCCCGGGGACAAUGCCUUCAAUGGAGCCAUCGUGGAAGGAGUGGAGUUCCACAGCUACACACCUGAGGAGAGGCUUCGGAGAGUUGAGAAAAUCUGGGUUAUGACGAGAUCCUCACCUUUCGAUAAGCUCCUCAUGGUUCAGUGCCUGAAGCAGAAAGGCCAUGUGGUCGCUGUCACUGGGGACGGCACAAAUGAUGCACCGGCCCUUAAGGAAGCUCACAUCGGGCUCUCGAUGGGCAUCCAAGGCACUGAGGUCGCCAAGGAGAGCUCAGACAUAGUCGUCCUCGAUGACAACUUCGCCUCUAUGGUGAUGGUGCUGCGUUGGGGUCGAUGCGUCUACAUUAACAUCCAGAAUUUCAUCCAGUUCCAGCUAACGGUGAAUGCCACGACCCUCGUGAUCAACUUCGUGGCUGCGGUCUCCUCUGGCGAUGUCCUUCUAACAGCGGUCCAGCUCUUAUGGGUGAACCUCAUCAUGGACACGCUCGGCACCCUUGCCCUAGCCACUGAGCGUCCUGCCAGCGAGCUCAUGGAGAAGCCUCCUGUGGGCCGGACCGAGCCACUCAUAACCAACAUAAUGUGGAGGAACGUCGUAGCACAAGCAACAUACCAAAUGGCCAUCCUCGUCACUCUACAAUUCAAGGGCGAAUCGAUCUUUGGGGCCGACGAGGCAGUGAAGCGGACGCUGAUAUUCAACGUGUUCGUCCUAUGCCAGGUCUUUAAUGAGUUCAAUGCAAGGAAGCUCGAGAAGAAGGUGUUCAAGGGCAUACACAAGAACAAGCUGUGCUCGGGAUCAUCUUCAUGA